CGACAGUAGUCAUGUAAAUCGUAUCAAGUAGAUCCUGUGUCCCGUAAAAUUUUAUUAAAAAUUAUUGCGUUGAUUGUUUAUUUACAUUAUAUUAAACUCCAAACAUUUUAUGAGUCUAUUUUGUUUAUUUAACUUAUAAAUGCUAUUACUAAAUAAAAAAAAAAUCGUAUUGACUUUUUACAAAGUUUAAAUAACAUUUCUUUGUUCUCGUAUCGGAAGCUGAUACAAUGUCUUCAAUGGCAAAUAUUUCAAUUUUCGUGCUAACUUUAUUAUUUCACCAAAGCUUUACUUACAAACCCGUGGUUUUAAUUCACGGGAUCAUGACUGGAAGUGGUAGUAUGGAAAUGAUAAAACGCAGAAUUGAGGAGAAACAUCCCGGUACAACAGUUUAUAAUGUCAAUAGAUUUGAGAGCUGGUCCAGCUUGGAAACAAUGUGGCAUCAAGUUUUGGAGAUUGGCUUGGAUGUUGCUAAUAUCUCAAGUAAACACCCGGAGGGAAUCAAUCUUAUUGGUUAUUCUCAGGGCGGUCUACUAGCACGGGGCAUUGUUGAAACAUUCUCUAAUGUGUCUGUUAGCACUUUUAUAUCCUUGAGCUCACCGCAAGCUGGUCAAUAUGGAGCUGGAUUCCUCCAUGUCGUAUUCCCUGGACUAGUUAAAGAAUCAGCAUAUGAGUUAUUUUAUUCUAGGGUUGGGCAGCACACGUCUGUCGGCAACUAUUGGAGAGACCCAUACCAUCAAACAUUAUAUGAGUCGUACAGUGUAUAUCUGCCUUAUAUAAAUAAUCAUAUCAUGUCUGCAAAAUCAGAAGAUUUCAAAAAUAAUUUGCUCCGAUUAAAAAGACUUGUUCUCAUUGGAGGACCAGACGACCAAGUGAUCACGCCCUGGCAGAGCAGUCAAUUCGGUUACUACGAUGCAAAUGAAACGGUCGUAGAGAUGCGCAAUCAGGAAAUAUACUUAUCAGAUAAGAUUGGACUCAGGACUCUGGACAAGAGCAAGCGGUUGCACAUCGUGACCGUCCCCGGGGUAAACCACUUCAGUUGGCAUAUGAAUGUGAGCAUUGUAGACGAUUACCUGCUACCGUAUUUAGAUUAAAGAUAUCCGAAAUUCGAAGCCAUUCAAGAGUCAAUUUAAA